AUGGAGCCCGACCUUCCCCUACAUGUGCUGGCUAGGGAUCUUCAAAGGGCGUCGAAGCUUCGACCCACGCGGGCCCAAGCCCUCACACAUUCGAAUCUCAACUCGCUCGCCCCGUUCGAAUCGUCGCUGCUCCUGGUGAGCGCCAUAGAUUCAUCCUUGUUCAAGCAGUGGUUGAAGAACAUCGAAAGUGAGACUGGGAUUUUGUCUGGAAGUGACUUGUCUCUAGAACAAGUCUUAAUUCAGGGAGUGGAUAUGUUUGGAAAGCGCAUUGGGUUUCUCAAAUUUAAAGCAGAUGUUCUUGACAAAUCUACUGGCAAAAAGGUUCCAGGUAUUGUUUUUGCCCGAGGACUGGCUGUAGCCAUUUUGAUUCUUUUGGACUCAGAAGAUGAGACUUAUGCUGUUCUCACUGAGCAUGUAAGGGUCCCAAUUGGUAGGCUCGUUUUGGAAUUGCCUGCUGGAAUGUUGGAUGAUGAUGAGGGUGAUAUUGUUGGGACUGCAGUUCGUGAUGAGUUUUUUUUUUCUGUGAUGAGUUUUCUUUUUCUACAAAAUAACUUAUAUUUCAAUAAAUUUGAUUGAGUAUUACUGAUUUUUUUCCGAUUUUCUUUCUUGCUAGGUACUUGGGGCAUUGAAUUAGCUGCGCAGUUGUAGCUUCUGUACUAUUGGGGGCUAUUAUUUCUCAUCAUUUUUCAGUUUCAAACCCAUUAGCUGCAAAAAGAGAUGCCUUACAAAGCACUGCUAUUUUGGGCUUUGGAUGUGAAACCAACAGAAAUUCUCUUGAAGCCAUGGUGAAGAGCACAGGAAAAGAAUCAUUAUAAUGGGGUAAAUGACUGGCUGGUGGAGUGUAUUCAGGUCUCACCUAUGGACUGGCCGAAGCUUGAGGAGCUCAUGAUUGGCUUCAAGAAGGCUUGAUGAAACUAUGGCUACAGAAAUUGAGAGUUUGAGCUUGUCAAGCAUGGAGGCUAUGCAGAAUGUUCUGGAACUCCUAAGUGACAUGCUACAGGCAGUAAAUCCUAGUGAUUCUGCGGUAUGAGCAAUGAAUUUUUUUCAUCUCUAUGAUCUAUGAUAUGAGCUACUUGUCCCCUUUUUUUAAUCUCUAUGAGCUACUUAUCCCUGAAACUUAAUGUGGUUCUUUUGCCAUUCUGUUCAGACUGUAAAAGAUGAAGUGAUAGUUGAGCUUGUUAAUAGGUGACGCACCAACCAGAAAAAGCUCAUGCAGAUGCUCACUUCAACUGGGUUAGUUUCAUCUAUACAGUCAGGAUAUUUAAUUAAGAAUAAUUUUCUCAUUGUAUUUUAUAUUAUUGUUUUCC